CUCUACACUGUGGACCUAGUAGAAGAUAGACAGAGAGCAAGCCAUUAAGACCACAUCAAGCUGAGAAAAGUCAGUGGAAAUGAGAAACCUUCCGAUUCUGCUGUUGCUAUGGGUGGCAGUGUGCUCAGCCUAUCCACUGGACAGGGAUGCAAGGGUCAAGGAAGACAGCAUGGAGCUUGUUCAGCAAUAUCUAGAAAACUACUAUAACCUUGCAAAGGAUACCAAACAGUUUGUUAGAAGAAAGGACAGUAGUCCAGUAGUCCAAAAGAUUCAAGAGAUGCAGAAGUUUCUGGGGUUGGAGGUGACAGGAAAGCUGGACUCUAACACUCUGGAGGUGAUACGCAAGCCCCGAUGUGGGAUUCCUGACGUUGGUUUCUUCAGCACCUUUCCCGGUAUGCCCAAGUGGAGGAAAACUCACCUCACGUACAGAAUUGUGAAUUACACAAAGGAUUUACCCAGAGAUGCUGUUGAUUCUGCCAUUGAAAAAGCUCUGAGGGUCUGGGAAGAGGUGACCCCACUUACAUUCUCCAGGAUCUAUGAAGGAGAAGCUGACAUAAUGAUCAUAUUUGCAGUUAGAGAACAUGGGGACUUUUUGCCUUUUGAUGGACCUGGAAAAGUUUUGGCUCAUGCCUAUCCACCUGGAUCAGGGUUUUAUGGAGAUGCUCACUUUGAUGAUGAAGAACCAUGGACAAAGGAUACAUCAGGAAUCAAUUUAUUCCUUGUUGCUGCCCAUGAACUUGGCCAUUCCCUGGGUCUCCAACACUCAACCAAACGUGAAGCUUUGAUGUACCCAGUCUACGACCCUCGCACAGACCUCACUCGGUUCCGCCUUUCUCAGGAUGAUGUCGACGGCAUUCAGUUCCUGUACGGGUCUCCCCCAGUUUCCCCUAAUGACCCUGUGGUGCCCACGGAAUCUGUGCCUCCCGAACCCGGGACCCCAGCCGCGUGUGACCCUGCCUUGUCCUUCGAUGCAAUCAGCACACUGAGGGGAGAAAUCCUGUUCUUUAAAGGCAGACAUUUUUGGCGGAAAUCUUUCAGGACACUCGAACCUGAAUUUCAUUUGAUCUCUUCAUUCUGGCCAUCUCUUCCUUCAGGCAUAGAUGCCGCAUAUGAAGUUAUUAGCAAAGACACGGUUUUCAUUUUUAAAGGAAAUCAGUUCUGGGCCAUCAGAGGAAAUGAGAUGCAAGCAGGUUACCCAAGAGGCAUCCAUACCCUGGGCCUCCCUUCAACAGUAAGGAAAAUAGACGCAGUCUUUUCUGACAAGGAAAAGAAGAAAACGUACUUCUUUGCAGAGGACAAAUACUGGAGAUUUGAUGAGAAGAGACAAUCCAUGGAGCCAGGUUUUCCCAAGCAAAUAGUGGAAGAUUUUCCAGGGGUUGAACCAGAGGUGGAUGCUGUUUUUGAAGUAUUUGGGUUUUAUUAUUUCUUCAGUGGAUCUUCGCAGUUUGAAUUUGACCCAAAUGCAAAGAAAGUGACACAUGUGUUGAAGAGUAACAGCUGGUUGAAUUGUUAGGAGAGAUGUUUAGAAGGCAUAGCAUGGGCCUUUUAAGUUAAGCCAGUAACUCUUCACCUAAGUCUCUGUGAACUGAAAUGGUUCGUGUUCUCCUGUGUGUGCAGUGACGAAGACCGAGCGUGUGAGCUGUGUGUCUUGCCCACUAGCCUCACAUAUCACAGGGCAUUCAAAUGGGCUGUGCAUUUGUACUCUGGUCACAUGCAUCAGCCUCCCACGGGAACAGGGUUAGCACUCUGCAACAGGCAAGCGACUGUCUAUAGACUAUUUGCUUAUUAUUUAAUAAAAAGAAUCUGUCAGUUAA